AUGGGCAAAAAGGUCAAAGUUGGAAAACAGCGUCGUGAUAAGUAUUAUCACUUGGCCAAGGAAGCUGGUAAGUCGAAUAUUUUGAGAAGUAAAAGGAUAGAGAAGAUUGGAUUCUUACCUAAAUUUGUUUGGUGUUAAAAUACGUUGUUCGUUUGGGUUUCUAAAGUAAUAUAUUUGGUUUAAAAAUAGUUUUUUUAAUUUUUAAGAUAUUUUUUACAUAAACUUUCUUUUGGUGUUCGAUCAAAUUUUAUUAACUUAUAGGACUUUUUGGACAAAAGUUGAUAAAACAAGGACUUACAUAAUCCUUUGAACGUUUAAAACUAGUUCACUUUAGGAUUUCGAUCUCGUGCUGCUUUCAAGUUGAUUCAGUUGAACAGAAGGUUCCAGUUCUUGGAAAAGUCCCAAGUCUUGGUCGAUUUGUGUGCUGCUCCAGGAGGAUGGCUUCAAGUCGCAGCCGAGAACAUGCCUUUGGAUUCUACACGAAUUGGUAAGACUUUGGUUUUUGGAUUUUGAUUUUAGGGAGAUGGACCAAACAGUUUUUAUUAUAAAUUUGUUCACUACGUAGGUAGACAUUUGAAAUUUUUAGCAAAGUUAGCUUAUAGUGUGUCAAAUAAGAUGAUAAAAAGAGUUUUGUAAUUUGUUCUAAUUAAAAAGUUACUGUAGUUUUAUUAUAUACUUUACUUUUUAAAAAUUUUUUUUGUAAAACUAAAGUUUUUAUGAAAAUUAUCCGAUUCAUAUAUUAGUUAUUUUUUAUAAGUUAAACAAUACGUUUUUUAGGUGUGGAUUUAUGUCCAAUCAAGGCAAUUCCCAAAUGUAUCACCCUUCAAGGCGAUAUUACACAUGAGAAGACUCGACAACAGAUCAAAGUGAAUUUGCCUCCCGGACGUGAAGUUGACACAGUGCUAAACGAUGGUGCUCCGAACGUUGGUCAAAAUUGGACAAAAGAUGCGUUUGAGCAGAAUUGUCUCGUACUGAUGGCACUUAAACUGGCGACACAAGUUUUGCGCAAAAAUGGAUAUUUUGUGACAAAGAUUUUCCGAUCAGCCGAUUAUGCUUCUUUGAUUCAAACUUUUGAAAAGUUGUUCAAAUAUGUUCAUGUUUGGAAACCGAGUGCUUCUCGUAUGGAGUCGGCUGAGAUCUUCGUGGUUUGUGAAAAGUAUUUGAAGCCGGAUAAGGUUGAUCCGGAUCUUUUGGAUAUUAAGAAGGUUUUUAUUCAAACUUCCGUGGACAAUACUCAACAUUUGAAUGUGUAAGUUUUUUUAAAAAACAUUAAAUGACAAGAACUGUCUUUACAAGACAAAAAAUGCUGAAAACUUUCUUUACAAACCAAUAAAUGGCAAGAACUUUCUUUACAAACUAAAAAUGGCAAUAACUUUCUUUACAAGUUCAAAUUCUUAAAAAACAAAAUUUUUUAUCAUUUUCAGUCAACGCCUCUUAUCCGGUGACAAGCUGAAGAAGGUCAAAGCGACAGGAUACGAAGAUGACAACAUUACCAUGUUCAAUGUCAUCAAGGCAUCAGAAUUCUUUACCACAGGCGACCACAUGAAGUUGUUGGAAAAAGCAAGUACAAUCGAGAUUGAUGAUGAAAAAAUAGAAAAGAAUCCACUGACAACAGAUGAAAUCAAGAAUAAUAUCAAGGAUAUUCGAGUUUGUGGAGGAGCUGAGUUGAGAAAGAUAAUACAGUGGAGAAAGAAGAUUCUGAAUGAGUGGGAAAAGGAACGACGGGCUGCUGAGUGAGAAUUUUACUUUUUUAGGCUUAAAAAUUAACUUUAGGCUAAAAAUGAAAGUUUAGGUUAAAAAAUGAAUUUUAGGCUUAUAAAUGAAGUUUAGGCUUAAAAGUAUUGUUUUAGGUCUAAUUUUGAUUUUUAGGCCUAAAAAUUGAAGUUUCAGGUUUUAAGUCAAUUUUUAAAGUUAAAAAUGUGUUUAGUUUCUGUUGUUUUUAGAAAAGAAGCCGAAAAGAACCAAGAACCUGACCCAGAAGCCGAAGAACAACGAGAGCUGGAAGAAAUUGAUGAGUUGAUUCGAAAUGCAUCAGCCGCUGAAGCUGCCAAGCUCAAAAAGUAAGUUUUUAUGUAGGAAAUGAUAAAAACUUUCUUUACAAAGCAAAAAAUGACAAGAACUUUCUUUACAGAAUAAGAAAUGGCAAAAACUUUCUUUACAAAGCAAAAAACGACACAAACUUUUUUUACAAUACUAAAAAUGGCAAUAACUUUCUUUACAAAACAAAAAUGGCAACAACAUUCUUUACAGCAUAUUUUCAGGAAGAAAAAGUUGCUGUUAAAAGAGAAACGUCGUCUUCGUGACCGAAAACAACUGGGUAUGCAUCAUGAAGGUGAUGCCAUCGAUGAAGCCGACGACCUGGACCUGUUCAACCUAACCCAAAUCAAAAAGUCAUUGAAACGUAAACAGAUCAACGAUGAAGCCUACGAAAGAAUCAGAAAUCGGGAUUUGAAGUCUGACGACAAAAAUGACGCUAUUCUAGAGCAAGAUGCCUCGGAUAUUGAGUUAGAUUCGGAAGAGUAGGUUUUUUUAAGUUUUGUUGGGUUUUUAGGUAUCAAAGAGGGAUGGAUAGCUUGGGGGAGGAAUAUGGUACUGAGUUGAAUUGGUUUAGUCGGUGAAAGAUGCUUUUCCACGAAGUUAUUGGCCGGUUGAUCUUGAAAAAGCGAAAUAUUUGAUAAUUCAAAAAAAAAUUGGUGUUUUCAGGCUAAAAAUGGCUUGAUUUCAAUUGGAUUUGAUAACAGUUAGAUCGCCUUUUUAUUUUGAAUGGAUUCUUGAUAUUUUUCUUAGAACUUUUAGACUGGUAUUGUUAUUGAAAAAUUACGUUUUUGAGGAGUAUUAUCUAAAAACUGGGGUUUUAUGUCGAAAACUUCGUUUUCCAAGUCGAGAACUACUGAUCAUGGUUUAGAUUUGAUGUUCGUGAUACAUGAAAGUGUCAUGGAGUUAAAUUAUAGUUUAUUUUGAUACAAUUUAUUGAGUUUUAGAUAGUAAUAUUGAAUGUUUUUCAGUGAAAACGACGCCGAAGGCCAUUUCAAGACGGAUUUGCUGGAAAACCAAUACGAAGGACUGUCGGAGAAGAUGAAGGAAAUGAUCAAGCGCUUUGCAGACAAAGCUAACGAACGGUACGAAGAUUUGAAAUUGAAAAAAAAAGUUGUUGAUAUUUUAAGAAAUCUGACUUUUCAUACCUAAACUAUCAAGAAUCACCUAAUUUUUGACCUUAUUUUAGAUUAGAAGGCUUAGAAUCCGAUGAUGAAUCAGAAGACGAAAUUCAAGAAGUUGAUGAUGAAGAAGAAAUGGAUGAAGAAGAACUAGAAGACGAGGAAAUGGAUGAAGAAUCCGAAGACGAAACAAUUCAAAAGCUAAAUGAUGUGGAAGAAGACGAUGAAAUAGAAGUGGAUGAAGAUGAACAAGAUGAUGAUGAAAAAGUAGAAAUGAAUGGUCAGACUGCUGAUGAUUCGGAGACAGAAUCCGAUGCUUCUGGAUCGGAUUCAGACGAGGAAAGCGGAUUCGGUUCUGAUUCAAAAACGGCGGAUUCAAAAACCAAAAAAGAUUCAGAAGCCAAGAAACGAGAAGCCAAGUCAGCGUUCGAGAACGGCGAAGUCACGGACGUCUACCGUAGUGACGAAGAAAUCGACGAAACAGACGAACGCGUAACGAAAAGAGAUGGUGAUGGCCAGAUGAUCAAGAAACGACGCCUCACCCCCGCCCAAUUGGCUAUGGGUGAACGUCUGAUCCACUCGUCCCGGAGCCGAAAAGACGUCGAAGAUUGGGCCGUGAACAGGUACACCUUCAACGAUGAAGGCCUACCGGAUUGGUUCAUAGACGACGAGAAGAAACAUUGCCGAAAGGAUCCACCAGUCAAUCAGGUAGGGGGAGGUGAUAAAGGAUGGGAAGAUAUAAUAGAUGGGAGGGAUUUUUUUUAUGGGAAAGAUAUAAAGGGUGGAAGGGGUUUCUUGGUAGGGAAAAUUAUAAGGCGGGGUAGGGGUGGUUUUUUGGGGAAGGUAAUAAGGGAUGCGGAGGGGUGUUUUGAUGGGUAAGAUAGGGAUAGACAUGGUCAAGAGUGUUUUUCUUUUUAAUUGGUGGGGGAGGGGUAAUUUUUUUUCAUUGUUUUUGCAAAUUGCAAGGACUUUCCUUACAAAACAAAAAAUGGCAAGAAAUUUCUUUACAAAACGAAAAAUGGCGAAAACUUUCUUUACAAACAGAAAAAGAGUGAAAACUUUGUUUACAAAGUCGUUUUAGGAAAGAAUCAAGUUUUACCGUGAAAAGAACAAGGACCUAAACGUACGACCAAUCAAGGCGGUGGUCGAGGCCAAGAUGCGCAAAAAGAAGAGGCAACUGAGGAGAAUGGAGAGGGCAAAGAAAACGGCCGAAGGAAUCUUGGGCAAUGAAGGCAUGGAGCACAACGAGAAGGUCCGAGAAGUCAGAAGGUAAGGGGUUUAAAACUAGGUGCAAAAAGAAUGGCACAACUUUUAAUUUUUAUAUUGUUGAUGCAAAAAGAAUGGCACAAUUUCUAAUUUUUUUUUAUUUUUUAAGAUGAAAUUUGGCUUAAAAAUUUAAAUUUUGAAAAAAAAUUAAAAUUAUGACAUUUUUCACAUUACCCUCACCUUCAGAUUGUACAAAAAGGCGAUGCGACCGGAGAAGAAGGACGUCACCUACGUCCGCAUGACCAAAGGACGCCGCGGACGCAUGAACAAACCCACCAACGGCCCAUACAAGGUGGUCGACUCCCGCCUCAAAAAGGACUUGAGAUCAGUGAAAGCGGCCGAAAAACGAAAAGGCGGCAAAUCCAAAGGCAGAGGCGGCCCAAACCGCAACAAAAAAUCGAAAAAAGUUAACCCACACACUAAAUAA